AUGAUGGCUAUGUAUCCUUAUUCCUCAACACAAGCUGGUACGAAUGGAGUCAUGCAUUACCAAGGCUAUGAUUUCUAUCGCCCUAAUCAUCCGUAUUCUAGUAUGCAUUACUCAAUGUCAUACCCGGCUUCGCAGUAUAGAGCAGAUCAUUAUUAUAACCCCACAAUGGUUCGAGCCAGCACAACCGCUAAAGAUAUGGUUAAACCUCCGUAUAGUUACAUUGCUUUAAUAGCCAUGGCUAUACAAAACCAGCCUGACAAGCGAAUCACUCUCUCCGGCAUAUAUCAAUGGAUUAUGGAUAGGUUUCCAUAUUAUCGCGACAACAAACAAGGAUGGCAGAACUCUAUAAGACAUAACCUCAGUCUCAAUGAAUGUUUUGUCAAAGUUCCUCGGGACGACAAGAAGCCUGGCAAAGGUAGCUAUUGGACUUUAGAUCCGGACAGUUAUAAUAUGUUUGAAAAUGGAAGUUAUUUAAGAAGAAGGAAACGUUUUAAACGCAAAGCGAAGAAGGAUGGCGACGAUACGUCAAGCGACGCAGGUAAAAGUGAAGAGAAAAGCGAAAGGGCUGCAAGUACGUCUGCUGAAAGUCAGCAAAGCGAAGAAAAUGAUGAAAGUAUGUUAAGUACGAACAAAGACGAAGAACUCAAGCCAUCCUGUAUGAAGAAACAAGAACAUUGUAGUUUAAGAAAUGACAAGGAACACUGUAGUCUUAGAACGGAUAACUGUGCCGCAGAUAUCACAAAUCUCUCUCCUGUUAUAAAGAGUCCUAAAUUAGAAACUCAAAGUCCUCAUUCAAACAGUUCCUCGCCUGCUCAAGAUAACCGUAACCUCAAUCCUUCAUGCACUCUACCCAAUGGUUAUACCGAGUUUAAUUUCCCAGCAGCCGCGUCCUCGUACAACUAUCCACCAACAUCCUAUCAUCAAAUGGAGAAAGUUGCCUACCCCUCGCCAUGUGAAUACCCACAACAGCAGAUUAACGAGAACUACCAUAACAACUACAUCCCACAUUCGCCUCAUGUACCAGCGCAUUCUUCUCACAUCCAAGCAGAAACCACACCAGCCAGACAUGCAUAUUUACCGCCGUAUCCAAGCCAAGAUCCUUACAACGAAAUUCAACGCAAUACUGGCACUCAAAUGAAUUCAAACACUUGGUAUGCUAUGCGUGAACAAACGACUCCACCGUAUUCUAGUGCAGAAAAUAUACCGCAAAUUAUGCAAAAUAAUGCGUCAAGUUUUCCGCCUAACGUCCGUGAAAUGUUUGAGGCGCACAAACUUCCCGUGAACUCGCAAAGCCAAGAACAUUUGAUGAACACAACGCAAGCGCAUUACGGAAACCUUGAUGGUGGAUACUAUCACACGAACAAUAACUGGUGA